GUUAGCGUGACGCUAUUACAGCGCCAGCGAUCGGGGUUCGAUUCCCGUCGCUGUCUGUAAGGAGUUUGUACGUUCUUCCCGUGUCUGCGUGGGUUUCUCCGGGUGCUCCGGUUUCCUCCCACAUUCCAAAGACGUACGGGGCAGCUCAUUGUUCUGCUGACAAUGGGCACAAAUUGAGGCAUUUCUAAUUCCUGUCAACACCAGCCAUUUGGAGUGAAGCCAUGAUAAGUAAUUGAUGGGACUUCACCAUGGAAAGAAGGAGUAUAAAGGUUAAUUUUGUAAAGCCUAUGACAAUAAAGCUACAGGACUCAUUCAUCAAUUUCAAUCACUUUCAACUUCUGGUCAAAUCCAGUGCAAGCUUAACUUACUCACCCAAAGAAGCACGGAGCAGAUUCAGCAGGUGACAGAAUCCUGAAUCAAACUUUUGAACGAAAAUGAAGAUUGCUGCAUUUAAUAUCAAGCAACUGGGGACAAAAAAAAUCUCCAACCCUGAAAUAGUCCGCGCAAUUGUCAAGAUUCUGUUACGUUAUGACAUUAUUUUAAUAAUGGAAGUCAUUGACAAGUCUGGGGAAGUCUCCAUUAAGCUGCUGGAGGAGCUCAAUAAACAGGCUGCAAAUUACUCUUUCAGACAAAGCAAACCCCUAGGGCGAGGAACAUACAAGGAGCGGUAUCUCUUCAUUUAUCGUGAUGAUAUCGUGCGAGUGGAAAGAGUCUUUCAAUACGAUGAUAUGCAGCCAGGUGACGAGGAUGCUUUCUCCAGGGAGCCUUUUGUCAUUCAGUUCAAAUCACCAACCACAGUGGUGCAGGAUUUUGUGCUCAUUCCUCUGCACACAAUGCCCGAAGAUUCAGUCAAAGAAAUUGAUGAACUCUAUGACGUUGUUCUGAAAAUCAUUAAAGAGUGGAAUACAGAGAACAUUAUGAUACUUGGAGACUUCAAUGCUGAUGGAAAGUACGUAUCAAAGAAGAAGAUGGAAACAAUACGGCUCCGAAAAGACAAAAAUUUCCACUGGCUCAUCAGAGACGACGAGGACACUACUACAAGGUUAACCACAGACCAGGCCUAUGACAGGAUUGUUGUUUACGGGAAUACGUUUUAUCAGGGGAUUGUUCCAAAUUCUGCAAAGCCCUUCAACUUCCAGGAAGCGCUGGAACUGACAGGAGAGCGGAAAGCUUUGGACAUUAGUGACCACUACCCCGUUGAGGUGGAGCUCAAAUUGAUCAACCAGAAGAGAACCGGAUUAAAUGAAUGAAAACAAGGGCACUGUACAGCAACUGGGUUAAAGUGGCAAAUAGCAAUAAGGUUGAACUAAUACAGCUGAGCCUCGUCAUCCUGAAAUGUUCAUGAAAUUUCAAUAGAAUUAAAAUGCAUAGCUGUGACCUUCGCUAGAUUUGUAAAUUUAAAUGUAAUUGACUUCCUUUAUUCCUUCUGACUACAGGCAACCAUUGUUUUUAGUUGCAGAUGAACCUUUCGUUUUAAAAUAAGGGACAGUUUUAUCAAUGGAAACCUUGGGCCCCUGGUCAACAGGAAAUGCUGGUACCACAUAAAGACAAGGAAAUGCAAUCUUCAAAGUUAGUGGGUCCAUCUCUGCAGGGACCAUUUAACACAUUGCAAGACUUUGUGACUGCCAUAAAGGGGUGAAAUCUGUUA